AUGCCUUCUGCUAUUGUAACCGGUGCCACAGGCAUCUUGGGACGGGAGAUCGUCUUCGAGCUCAGCAAGCACGCCCAGCAAUGGCCCACCAUUCACGCUCUAUCCCGCAGCAAGAAAGAAGACUAUCCCGAAAAUGUCAUCCACAACCACAUCGAUCUCACCUCUUCUGCGGAUGACAUGGCCAGCGACUUGAAGAACGUCCGGGGCGAGUACGUCUUCUUUGCCGCCUACCUGCAGAAAGACUCGGAGCAAGAGAAUUGGGACGUCAACGGCGCCAUGCUAGACAACUUCCUCAUCGCUCUGACCAAAUGCGGUGCCAUCAAAGACGUGAAGAGGAUCGUUCUCGUGACCGGAUGCAAGCAGUACGGCGUCCAUCUCGGCGUGCCCAAGAACCCCAUGUUGGAAGACGCGCCCUGGCUCACAGGCGAUGAAUGGCCCCCGAACUUCUACUACAACCAGCAAACCAUCCUGCACAAAUUCUGCAAGGAGCGCGGCAAGGAGUGGGUCGUCACAUACCCCAACGACGUGAUCGGCUACGCAGUCGGCAACUUUAUGAAUCUCGCGCUCACGCUGGGAAUCUAUGCCGUGGUGUCGAAGGAGUUGGGCCGGGGAUUGUCGUUCCCGGGCAGCCCGGAUUUUUACACCAAGUUUGACUGCUUCACGAGUUCGAAGCUGCAUGCGCAGUUUUGCGCGUGGGCGGCUACGGCUCCCGCAGCGGCGAACCAGGCGUUCAACGUGGUGAAUGGCGACACGGAGAGUUGGCAGAAUCUGUGGCCCCGUGUGGCGAAGUACUUCGGGAUGGAAGUCAAGCCCGAGCAGUUCAGCGACGCGCACGCCAGCAAGCGCGGCAGCACCAUGCCGCUCAUGGAGAAGCCUCCCAUCGCCGUCCAAGCCGCGGAACUCGGGCUGCUGAAUCACGGCAUCACGAACCAGUCCAAGGUCGAGCAGCAGAUUGAUCUGGCGAAGUGGAGUCAGCGGGAGGAUGUGAAGGGCGCGUGGGCCAAGGUUGCGGAUAGGGAGGGCUUGCAGAAGGAGACGUUUGAUAAGGCGACGUUCGGGUUCCUGGGGUUCGUGCUCGGAAGGAACUUUGACCUAGUUAUUAGUAUGAGUAAGGCGAGGAAGGCAGGGUGGACGGGCACUUGCACACACCAUGGCGCAAUCAACGGCACCGGUGCUCUGCCUGACCUCACCCACGACCCAUGGCAGAUAGAAGAAGCCGCCGCCGCCGCCGCCGCCAUGGACGAGACCGGGAACGCUGAGCCUGCAGUGGCCGGCGCAGCGUCCGAAAGCGCUUCUCCCCCAAGCUCGCCGGCGCCGAGGAGCAGCGACAAGGUCGAGCAGCAGGACUUCGUGAACCCCACGAUCAACAUCAUACAGAGCGUGUCGCGCAGCACGUCCACCAGCGGCCUGUCUUCCGUGUCCAGAGAGGGAACGCCGCCGCCGCUGCCUCCGCGCCCGAAGAACGCAGGCUUGCUCGAUUCCCGGCCGCCCACGUCCCACGCCACGGCGCCGAUGAGGCCACAACUCGUGGCGAAAGCGACCACGCAGCUCUCUUUCGCAGACACGCAGAGCCAUGCCAGCGAGGCGGGCGACCAAUCCGCCUCGUCGCGCGGUUCGAAAUCGCGGACCUACUUCGGCCUCAGGCUCCCCUCCUCGUCCCGCAACACCAGCGAUGUAGAAGACAGCGCAAGCGUCAGGAGCUUCGCCCCGUCAAUGGCGGCCGGCAUAGAUGCAGAGAGCAUGCUGGGCGAGGUGCUCGGAGACCACGAGAAGUCGCUUCUGCGCGCGCUGGCGCCCAAGUCCGUGGACAAAGAGCUGGAGAGCAUGUUCCUCCCAGAUCCCGGCUUCGACGCCGAUUUUCGCAGCGAGUUCGACGAGAUUGAAGAGAUGACAGCAGACGGCGCAAAUGAAGAAGCUGUUAUGCUCCAAUGGCGCGCCAAGCUGAAACAUUUUCUCAUUCUGUCGAGUGCUGGGAAGCCUAUAUACAGCCGGCAUGGGGAUGACCAAUUGAUCACCAACUACAUUGGCGUCGUGCAGACCAUCAUCUCCUUCUACCAGUCCACAAACGAUACUCUGCGAGGCUUUACCGCUGGCGACGUGCGCUUCGUCGUGGUGUCAAAAGGACCCCUGAAUCUGGUUGCCAUCACCCGCCUUCCGGAAAGCGAUGCUCAGCUUCGUGCCCAGCUGGACGCAUUGUACAUGCAGAUUCUCUCAACGCUCACACUGCCGAGCAUGGAACGCAUGUUCGCAGCGCGAGCCAACUAUGACCUCCGCCGCCCACUCCAAGGCACAGAGACUCUGCUCUCGGCCCUUGCAGACGGCUUCACGCGAGGCUCGCCUUCCACAUUGCUAUCCGCUCUCGAAUGCCUCAAGCUACGCAAAUCACACCGUCACAUCAUCAACAACACGCUCCUCAAGACACGCUCAGAGAAUCUCCUCUACGGCCUCAUAGCGGCCUCUGGAAAGCUCGUCUCCGUCGUCCGACCCAAGAAGCACAGCUUACACCCCGGCGACCUCCACCUAAUCUUCAACAUGCUCUUCGAAGCCGGCAGCGUCAAGGCCGGCGGCGGAGAGAACUGGAUCCCGCUCUGCCUCCCCGGCUUCAACAACACCGGCUACCUUUAUAUGUACGUCAGCUUCCUGGAUCUGGAACACCCAUCCGAGCCGAUGCAAGAGCGACCCAAGAGCAGGGAAGGCAACAGCGACGAGGUGGCCAUACUGCUCAUAAGCGCGAAUAAAGAGGGUUUCUUUCAGCUGAGGGGCAUGAGAGAUGCCCUGGUCGAGCAAUUGCAGCGAAACGGGAGUAUCGAGACGAUUCGAAAUGCGGUCAGAGAGGGUCGGCCGAGGUGCACGGAUGUGGUGCCUGGCAGUCCGUUGAGGCAUUUCUUGUACAAGAGUCGGGGGAAUGUGCAGUUUACGAUGCCGAGCUGGGAACCGGGGUUUGGAACAGGGUUGGAGAGGAGGCGGUUGAUGAACCUUUACGGCCAAUUGCACGCCAACUUGCAUACCAAGCCGACGAGUCUGAAAAUCCACCACGAGACGGCCACAACGUAUAUAGCGCUUGCGUGGACGACGCCGCUGUUCGAGCUAUAUUGCGUGGCGCCGGGAACGACAAGUAGGCAGGCGCUUGCGCAAGCGGCGAAUCAGGUUGUGCAGUGGGUGAGGAGGGAGGAGGAGAGGGUGUUUAUUAUUGGGGGUGCGGUAUUUUAG